AUGAAGUCCGAUGGGAAGAAGAGCAUGGAGGAAAAUCCUCGCCAACUCCAAGAACGCAAAAUCGUGACGCAGGGUUGCUAUAACGAAAAAUCACCCAAUAGAGAAAAAAACAAUAAGGACGAAAAGAAGAACGACGAAAAGAAAAACGACGAAAAGAAAAACCAAGGGAAAAUGGAGAAAUUUACGAAAAAUGAACCAAUCCCUUUUGACGAAUUGUCCACCUCCCGGGGAAACACGAACAAUGUCGAAUCAAAACGGAAUCUUCAAAAUCUCCUUGGAUCGUACUAUUCCAGUGAUGAAGAGAGCGAUGGGGAAUCCCAAGAGAGAGAGAACCUCACGCAGGAAGAUGCCGCUGAAGAAAACGCCAACCAUCAUGGAAUCAGUCAAAGAGAUAGUGACACUGAGGAUGAAGAUGAGAGUGACACUCAUAAUGAUAGUGAUAGUGAUGAUCUUCCCGAUGAGGGAGAUGAAACGUCCAAGGGGAAAGACCAAACAGAACAAAGUACAGGCAACGAGAGGAAGACGCCAAAAGGGAAGGAGGAAGAACCAUCCAGCCAACCCAAAAGUGACGAAGAAAAAAAAAGCACAUCCUGUCCAUCAGCAAAUAAGUGCCAAAAAAAAAGGCACAAUGAAGGCGAAAAUAAAUCUUCAGGCAUUGCUAAUAAAAUUAAUUACAAUGAAAAAAGAUCGAAACAUUCAUGGGAUUGGGGAUAUAAUGUACACCCCAAGUGGGGAAUCGACCCUAUGCAAACAAACUAUCAUGAGCCCCCAGGGGAAAAUAGAAGCUUUUUUCAGAAUGUCAAUUCAGAUGGAGGUAGACAGUACCCAUAUGAUGUGACUAGCCAACAUGUGUAUAAAUGCAGUGCACCUACACAUCCAAAGGGAAACCUAAACAACUUGUCCCUCACGAACUUUGGCUUCUCAACCAAAAAAGAAAUCAACGUAGAUCUGCAGAACAUACCUGUGAUCGACCAGAGACAAAUUCUAAACGAUUGGAAGCCCACCCUCCCAGAGGAAAAAAAGAAAAAACAGCAAUAUAAUAUAAAAACCAAAGUGUACAAUCCGGUUAGCAACACAUUCGAUAAGGUAAUUAUGCAAGGGAAUAAACAGAAGCGAAAACAUCAGAUAAAUUGGCUUGCAAAAGAAGCUGUAGAAAAGGAAUAUGAAAUUUUGCAAAAGACAAAUUACAGCAAAAGAAGAACCACGAACGAUAAAUAUGGAUGGUAA